GCCGCCGGGAGAGGCGAGCGCGAGGCUGAGAGAGCGCUAUUCCGCUCCAAACUCCGGCGCUGCAGCCCCGCGGACUCCGGGCCGCGGUGGGAGCCGGGGAGCUGAAAGCCUCGGCGCGUCCCGAGGACGCCCGGAGCGCGAGGGUCGCGGCGCCGCGGAGAGCCCGAGCCAAGUCGAGCCCGGCGCCCAGGCGGCCCGGCCGCGGCGGCAUGGGGGCGCCCCUGCGGCGCCCCGCGCUGCCCGCCACCGCCUCGGCCGGCGGCCGGAGGCAAGAGCGCGCUUGAGCCCAUGGCGAGGGGACCCGCUGCCUGCGCCACCGCCGCCGCCGCCCCGCCACCGCCGCCAGCUGCCGGGCACCAUGCGAGCCGCCCCGAGCUUCUGCGGCGGCGCCUGCCUACUGCUCGCCGCGAUCCUGGACCUGGCGCGCGGGUACCUGACAGUCAACAUUGAGCCUCUCCCACCUGUGGUGGCUGGGGAUGCUGUGACCUUGAAGUGUAACUUCAAGACGGAUGGUCGCAUGCGUGAGAUCGUGUGGUACCGGGUGACAGAUGGCGGCACCAUCAAGCAGAAGAUUUUCACCUUCGAUGCCAUGUUCUCCACCAACUACUCACACAUGGAGAAUUACCGCAAGCGGGAGGACCUGGUGUACCAGUCCACUGUGAGGCUGCCUGAGGUCCGGAUCUCCGACAACGGUCCCUACGAGUGCCACGUGGGCAUCUACGACCGCGCCACCCGGGAGAAGGUGGUCCUGGCAUCGGGCAACAUCUUCCUCAACGUCAUGGCUCCUCCCACAUCCAUCGAAGUGGUGGCUGCUGACACACCAGCCCCCUUCAGCCGCUACCAAGCCCAGAACUUCACACUGGUCUGCAUCGUGUCUGGAGGGAAGCCGGCGCCCAUCGUUUACUUCAAACGGGAUGGAGAACCCAUCGAUGCGGUGCCCCUCUCAGAGCCCCCGGCUGCGAGCUCUGGCCCCCUCCAGGACAGCAGGCCCUUCCGCAGCCUCCUGCACCGUGACCUGGACGACACAAAGAUGCAGAAGUCACUUUCCCUCCUGGACGCUGAAAACCGGGGUGGGCGACCCUACACGGAGCGCCCCUCCCGCAGCCUGACCCCAGAUCCCAGUGUACUCCUCCAGCCAACCACAGAGAACAUCCCAGAGACGGUUGUGAGCCGCGAGUUCCCCCGCUGGGUCCACAGUGCCGAGCCCAUCUACUUCCUGCGCCACAGCCGCACCCCAGGCAGUGAUGGCACCGUGGAGGUGCGCGCCCUCCUCACCUGGACCCUCAACCCGCAGAUCGACAACGAGGCCCUCUUCAGCUGUGAGGUCAAGCACCCGGCGCUGUCGAUGCCCAUGCAGGCAGAGGUCACGCUGGUUGCCCCCAAAGGACCCAAAAUCGUGAUGACACCCAGCAGAGCCCGGGUAGGGGACACGGUGAGGAUUCUGGUCCAUGGAUUUCAGAAUGAGGUCUUCCCGGAGCCCAUGUUCACGUGGACGCGGGUUGGGAGCCGCCUUCUGGAUGGCAGCACCGAGUUCGAUGGGAAGGAGCUGGUGCUGGAACGAGUUCCCGCCGAGCUCAAUGGCUCCAUGUACCGCUGCACAGCCCAGAACCCGCUGGGCUCCACUGACACCCACACCCGGCUCAUCGUGUUCGAAAACCCAAAUAUUCCAAGAGGAACAGAGGAAUCCACCGGUUCCGCAUCUGGCCCUGCUGGCGCCUGGCUCACCUUGGUGCUUGCCCUGACAGUGGUUCUGGAGCUGACGUGAAGGCACGCCUGGCCCCCACCUCUCCACUGGGCACUGACAUCUCCGCAAUUGGUUUUCAUUUCUUUUCUAAACUAUUUCCAGUCUUGUUCUUAGUAUCUUUCUGUCUGUGUCUUGGCUUCUUCAAUCAGUUUAAUUAAAACAAACAAUUUUCCCCA